GUCGCGUUUGCCUCCCCUGGUGCCGCGCCUCUAGGGCGCGGGCCGGCUCGUUUCUUUCCCGCGCCUUUGCCCGCCGCCGGGCCCGACGAGGCGGCAAGGCCCGGCUUGGCAAGGCACAAUCUCGCGCGAUGAACUCGGCUACGUCGCACGACAAGGCUACGAGAGCCGCAGUUUUUCGCGCCGGUGUUCGUUUGCUAGAUCGGUCGCGGCCCCGGACGGCCACGCCACCCUUCCCUGCGCCGCGGCAGCCCGAGUUCCUGACUUGUUUGUUCGUGUUCCUGCUUUGGGCCCAGCUUUGGACAAGCAAACGAUCCGGCAAUCGAGGGAAAGCCAUUUCGUACGUGGCCCACCUAUUUUCCAGAUCCACCUAG